AAUAUAUAUAUAUAUAUAUAUAUAUUAAGCAUUUCUUUUAAUAUCCAUCUCGGUUUUCUUCUCAAAACAUUCUCCUGGUCAAGGUUUUCAAUGAUCCGUUUCUGUUGAUCAAUCAAUCUCUAGUUUUUGUGAACUUUUGUUCCUUCUGGGUCUGUUCAAUUCACGAUUUCUGGUGUCACACUGUCUUCUCCGAUGCUGGGGACACCAUUUUCUUUCAGACCCAGUUUGGAUUUGGCGAAACUUCUUUUGUUCAUCGAUGAUCAAAGCUGUGUCGUUUGAUUGUUCAAUUUCUCUGUAGAAAGGAGUACACAGAGACGGAUUCAAAAAGCUUGUUAUCACUACCAUCCUUGUUCCUUUCUUGGAAGGCUGAGUUUUUCUCUGCUGCUGGCAACAUGGGGUGCUAUGCUAGCAAGAAUGCAGAUUCAAAGGCCAGCAGAGUGGCUCGAUGGCGAGCUACUGGUAUCGUGGCUUUGCGAGAUUCAAAGUUGAAGACUUUUCCUGACGAAGUUCUUGACAUGGAAAGAUCUGUUCGCACCCUUGAUUUAACAAACAAUAAAAUAGUUGAUAUUCCCAUGGAAGUCUGCAAAUUAAUAAACAUGCAGCGUCUGGUAUUGGCAGAUAACCUUAUUGAGCGUCUACCAAUGAAUUUAGGGAAGCUACAAUCUCUAAAAGUUAUGAUACUUGAUGGAAAUCACAUUACAACAUUACCUGAUGAAUUGGGUCAGCUAGUACGACUUGAACGUUUAUCUGUCUCCCGAAAUCUGCUUUCGUCCUUACCUGAAACCAUUGGAAGCUUGCGGAAUUUAUUGCUUAUCAAUGUGUCAAAUAACAAGUUAAAAUCUCUCCCAGAAUCAAUAGGAAGUUGCUUCUCCCUCGAAGAAUUGCAAGCAAAUGAUAAUCUUAUGGAAGACCUUCCCUCGUCUUUGUGCAAUCUGAUUCACCUGAAGUCGUUGCGUUUAGAUAAUAACAAUAUUGGUCAGUUACCAUCAAAUCUGUUGAAAGAUUGCAAAGCAUUGCAAAAUGUAUCUUUGCAUGGUAAUCCAAUUUUAAUGGAUCAAUUUCAGCAGAUGGAAGGAUUUGAGGAUUUUGAAGCUAGGAGAAAAAAGAAAUUUGACAAACAAAUUGAUUCCAAUGUCAUGAUUAGCUCUAAGGGCCUUGAUGAAGGCGUCGAUCUGUAAAAAAACCAUUGCCCUGGCUUUAUAGAAAAAAAAUAUUUAUGAGGGAGAUGAUUUGCUUACUCUGGUUGGUUGGUGUUGUAAAUUGAAAGGGGUGAGAAUUUUGAUAUUGUAAGAAACUGGGGACUAUUGAGCUACGUUUUGCUAAAUAAAAAUGUACACAGGAGGACUCCCAAUAACAGUACAGUUGUGUGUAUAAAAUCAUAAACCUUAUUUUCUUUUUCUUUGUUCAUUCGGCGGGAAUUGUAUUAUUCUGUAAAUUGAAGUUCAAAUCUCAAUAGUAAUGUGGGCCGAGGCCUAAUAUCACGUGAUAUAGAAACUAUUGCUUAUGAUU